AUGAAACUCCACAAAAAUUAUCGUCGGUUGCGCUUUAGGCUCAACACUGAAUACGUGACGGUUCCCAUUGCUGACAUGGAGGACUCUUAUAUCCCCGAAAUUGACAAAGGAGGUAUCGGUGACAAAAUUCUCAGUCUCAUGGAUUUUCAAGUGACGCCUCGCACUAUGCAUAGAUUUCAGUGGAUCUCACAGAUGAUGUUCUUCUUCGGGUUCGUCAUCUUUUGUUUGUUCUACUUCCUGGUCUACCCAAAUCUACACAAUGCCAUGGUUGAUCCAAACUGCGACAAGAAACAAGCAGAAUCGUUUGCCGAGAUCAUCUAA